AUGAGUAAUAUUUUGGCAGUGUUUAACCCUCCUCCACAAAGGGAGCUGGAGAAAGAAGAGACCAUGGACUGCGUUCCUUGUCAGGUAAUGAGCGCUAUGUUUUCGGUUGGGUUUGGCUCGUAUUUGGCAUCUGGAAAGCCAUUCAAGUAUGGCAAAAGAGAAGCUAAAAAGGGUAUAUCUUUAACCGACUUUGAUAAAAGAAACCCAAAGUGGUGGAAGCUGACUUUACGUAGCUUUGGUGGAUUAUUGAUAGCUUUUGGGUUUGUUAGAGGGACCGAAGGUUGGUUAUGGCAUAAAAAUAAAGAAUAUAAAAAUUACAAAAAAUUAACCAAUGAUAGAACACGGAGUAGUUAG